AUGGGCUGGUUCUGGGGCGGUUCGGCUCAACAGGAUCCGACGAAGAAGCUCGCCCCGGAGCUCCAAGAUUACCUGGAGAAAGAAACACCAAGCGCAUACACAACCAGUGCGAAUCCUCCGACGACAGCUCCCUCACAAACACAGAAUACACAGCCGAACCCCGAUAGCUCCAACAUCAACACAUCCGAAGACAGCUCGACAGUCCCCGCCGCCUCUUUAUAUCAGGACGGACGAUAUGCGCACCUCUGGAAAACCUAUAAGCCCUUGGCCGAAGUCGAGGCUACGCAGUAUACGCAGUCCGCACAGCGGGUAGUCGAGACAUUCAAACAGCGAAAAGACUCGGUGCAUGCCGCGGCCAUGGAGAAUUGUGCCCUGGAGCACGAGGCUCUGACACAGUGUUUUACCAAGGGGGACUGGUUGUCCAUGGUUAAAGCUAGAGCGACUAUGUGUUCGGAUGAAAAUAGGAAGUUUUCACGAUGCUAUACUACACAAGCUGUUCGUCUCGUCUCUCCUUUUCUUCUUUCUCCUUUGUUUUUGUCUAUAUCGUUGCUUGUCAAACGUGGUAGUGCGGCUGACUCUGCAAAGAAAUUUCUACAAGCCCUCGGAUACGCCGGUUCGUUCGAAUGGGACGACGACAAAGAGGAGCGCAUUCAGAUGCACGCCGACAAACUUUACCACCAAAUGCUCGACUACGAGAAUCAGGUCGCAGAAGCGCGGGCUGCAGGCCAAGAGCCGCCGCCGAUCACAUCUCUUUUCAACCCGAGUGCCAAACCGGUUUCACCGAACGAUAGCAGCGUAACACCGGGCGGGAUACAGCUUCCGGAAGGCUAUGAGCUAGGCCGGUCAUUAGAGGGACUUAGCCCGCACGAGCGAGAACUCGAGAUCCAGUCUAUCAAAGCGGAUAUCGAGCAGAAGAAGAAGUAUAGUCAAGAGGCGGCGCCGUUUAUCAAGACACAAAACGAGACGCGGGAAAAGCGGCAGGAAAGGGCCACAAGGUGGUUUGGCGAGACUAUUGGUAAAUGGAUAUCGUAG